AUUCUACCGCGAUGAUUUUUUUCAACUAAUCAUAAGGACAUUGGAACAAUAUAUUUAAUUUUUGGAUUUUGAUCUGCCAUAGUUGGUUCAGGGUUAAGUUUAAUUAUUCGAGCUGAACUCGGGCAAGCAGGCUCCCUUCUAGGAGACGAUCACCUAUAUAAUGUGAUUGUUACUGCCCACGCAUUUGUAAUGAUUUUUUUUAUAGUAAUGCCUAUUUUAAUUGGGGGUUUUGGUAACUGAAUGCUUCCAUUAAUAUUAGGAGCACCAGACAUAGCCUUUCCACGAUUAAACAAUUUAAGUUUCUGAUUAUUACCACCCUCAUUAACGCUUCUUUUAGCCUCUUCUUUAGUAGAAGCAGGUGCCGGGACUGGUUGGACUGUUUACCCCCCUCUAGCUAGAAAUAUUGCUCACGCCGGUGGCUCUGUAGAUUUAGCAAUUUUUUCUUUACAUUUAGCAGGUGCUUCUUCCAUUUUAGGGGCAGUAAAUUUUAUUACAACAGUGAUUAAUAUACGUACUGAGGGGAUAGUUUUUGAGCGAAUCCCGCUUUUUGUUUGAGCAGUCAAAAUCACAGUUGUUUUACUUCUUCUUUCACUCCCAGUCCUUGCUGGGGCAAUCACUAUAUUAUUGACAGAUCGAAAUCUAAAUACUUCUUUUUUUGAUCCUGCAGGAGGAGGAGACCCUAUUCUGUACCAACAUCUUUUUUGAUUUUUUGGUCACCCUGAAGUAUAUAUUCUUAUUUUACCAGGCUUUGGAAUUGUCUCACAUAUUAUCAACCAUCAAAGAGGAAAAAAGGAAGCAUUCGGUAACCUCGGUAUAAUUUAUGCUAUACUGGCUAUUGGGGUUUUAGGAUUUGUUGUAUGGGCACACCAUAUAUUCACAGUAGGUAUAGACGUUGACACGCGUGCCUACUUCACUGCUGCCACAAUAAUUAUUGCUGUACCAACAGGAAUUAAAAUUUUUAGCUGAUUAGCAACCCUCCAUGGAACACAACUACAGUUUGACCCUCCCCUUCUUUGAGCUUUAGGAUUUGUAUUCUUAUUUACAAUGGGGGGUUUAACAGGGGUUGUCUUAGCUAACUCUUCGAUUGAUAUUAUGUUACACGAUACUUACUAUGUAGUAGCUCACUUUCAUUAUGUCCUCUCUAUGGGGGCUGUUUUUGCAAUUAUUGGAGGUCUUACUCUUUGAUUACCUCUAAUUUUAGGUGUCUCUUUACAUGCUCGAUGAUUAAAAGUUCAAUUCGUUAUUAUGUUUUUAGGAGUCAAUUUAACAUUCUUUCCUCAGCAUUUUUUAGGAUUAAGAGGAAUACCCCGUCGUUACUCUGACUACCCAGAUGCUUUUAUUAAAUGAAAUGCUGUCUCAUCAGUAGGGUCUAUAAUCUCUAUUAUUGCUGUAUUGAUAUUAAUUUUUAUUAUUUGAGAAGCUCUAAUCUCUCAACGUAGUCUAGUGUUUGGAUGCCAAAACACAACAUCUGUUGAGUGACAACACGACUUCCCACCAUCAGAACACACAUAUACAGAAUUAGCAAUUUUAACUAAUUAA